AUGUCGCGCGACGCGCUCGCGUCGGUCGCGCGCGCGCGCGCGCCCGCGCCGGCGCGCGAACGCCGCGCGAAGUCGCGCGUUCGGGACGGCGGUGCGUCCCGAACGCGCCGAACGCGCGACGCCGCGACGCGCGCGCUCAUCGCGCCGACCGACGCGCUCGGUGUUUGGACCGCGGUGCUCGCGUGCGGUGCGUUCGGGCUUUGGGCGGAGAAGCGCCCGUGGGGAGCGAACGCGGGCGGCGCGCCGCUGGUGAGCACGCUCGCGGCGCUCGCGCUCGCGAACGCGGGAAUCAUGCCGACGGACGCGCCGACGUACGGGAUGAUUAAUGGGUUCUUGUUACCGCUCGCGGUGCCCAUGUUGCUGUUCACGGCGGACGUGCGACGAGUGCUGCGCGGAUCGGCGCGCUUGUUGCCGUGUUUCGUCGUCGGCGCGCUCGGGACGACGCUCGGGACGCUGGGGGCGUUCGCGGCGGUGCCGAUGACGGCGCUAGGAGCGGAGGGGUGGAAGAUGGCGAGCGCGUUGAUGGCGCGACACAUCGGGGGGGCGGUGAAUUUCGUCGCCGUGGCGAACGCGUUGGAGAUGACACCGAAUAUCAUGGCGGCGGGUUUGGCGGCGGAUAAUUUGAUGAACGCGUUGUACUUUAUGGGAUUGUUCGCGCUGGCGAAGGGCGUGAUGCCGAAAACGCGCGACGGCGGAGACGGCGAGGGCGCGGGUGAGCCUUUCAGCGCGUUGCGCGCGUCGUACGCGCUCGCCGUGGCGGCCUCCGUCGGAUACGCGGCGAAGCUCAUCUCCGCCGCGCUCAAUCUGCGUGGCAUGGACAUCCCGAUCAUCACGUUGAUAACGGUCGUUCUCGCGACGGCGAUACCUAGACGUCUCGGAGCGCUCGCGGGCUCGGGCGAGGCGCUCGCGACGCUCGUCAUGCAAGCCUUCUUCGUCGCCGUCGGCGCGUCGGGAUCCAUCACCCACAUGCUCACCACUGCGCCGUCCUUAUUCGUCUUCUCCUGCCUACAGGUCGCCAUUCACUUAGCAUUCCUCCUCGCCGUCGGCAAAGCGCUCAGAUUCGACAAAGCGAACGCUUUACUAGCCUCCAACGCGUGCGUCGGCGGUCCCACCACAGCCGCCGCGAUGGCUUCGGCGAAAAAUUGGAAAUCCCUCGUCGUCCCCGCCAUGCUCGUAGGCGUUCUCGGGUACACCGUCGCCACCUUCCUCGGAAUCGCGUUCGGCAAAACUGUCUUAGCUCGCAUGUAG